UGCUCCUACUCGGGCUGGAUUGUGGAGUGUCGACUCCUUGGGGCAGGGACAACAGCUUCCCCAGUGCAGUUCUGCACUGUUCAUACAAACCUCUCAGACUCUGAAACUGAAAUCACAUUGCUUCCGUAGGCCAAGCUGUACAGCCAGCCACUGAGAGAGAGCAGAGUAUUAAGCUGCUGCCUGUCAUGUGUGGCCAGCACAGGGGGCAUUAAAGAGAUUCCUCUGCCUACAGCACCAAAUGGGCACUCUGAAAAUAACGCAAAUCACAGUAGUGCCAAGGGCCGCAAUCUUAGAGCAGGGCCGCAUUGUGCUAAGCACUGUACAAACAUCUAUCCAAAGAGACAGUCCUUGUCCAGAGGAGCUUGCAAUCUACACAGAAAGCACAAUAUAAACAAAUUUCACACGAGGUUAAGAAUAUGUGCAAAUAUAUUCCAUCAAAAGGCAUUACUCUCAUAAUCUAUUGCAGCCAAGUGGGGCCUUUGAAAAUGAAGCAUGUUUUUCACCUGUGACAAUAAACGCAAGGAUUUUAUGUUCAUCUCAGGCAAUAUGAACAUGUUGUCAACGCUAAUGCAUUCAGACCCUUGUAAAUGUCAACCUAUAAUGAAUAAAUCAGAUCAUCUAGUUCGCACCUGACUAUAUAUGUGGGAAUAAAAGAUCUGACUAUUUUAACAACAGACAGAAGUCUGUCCCAUUAAGUAUGCUUUGGGGAUGCCUAAGUACAGACUUUUGGUUAUUGGUAGACACUGAGUGGGGAUAAGCAAACAAGUUCAAAUGAUGUUUUUAAAAUAAUGAAUACACUUCAGCUUCCUUUUUCAAGUGUUUGAAUGCGGUUAAGCACAUAAACAUCAGCAAAACUGAUAACUCAGGGACAAGAGACAUAAGAAGUUAUUCAACAAUUUUGUAAUGCAAAGAUAAUUAGCGUCUUAGUUGGAGGUUCUGCAGUGCUUUCCAGAUGGACAUUCCCUGUUGUUUUCAAUCAGAAAUGGAGUGGUCUUUACUGGUGACUGCUCUAGGCACAGCUUAGUAGGUCAGUUUUUCCCACCAGCAUUCAGAUGUCACCGGAGUCCACGUGCCUGUGAUAAAUUAUACUAUUCAACAACUGUCUGAAGAGAGAGAGAAAACUCCUCGGCUUCUGAGCGUGAGCUUAUCGCCUUGUGAUAACAGCCUCAUUCUCACAGUAUUUGAUUAAACACUAAUAAAACAGAGACUCUCCUUUCAUGGGUAUAUUUACUGUGAGGGCAGUGCACUCUGCUGCUCAACGGUACUGAAUGGCUGGGCAUUUCUGGAGCCCUAGAUGAGCCAACCUUGCUUGGCCUAAGUGACCAUCUUAAUUCCCAGGCACAGUUGGCUGAGCGUUCCCCACCCCCUUGUAACUCCCUUGUGUUCCAGGAAGGAGAGCGCAAGCCCUUGCCACACUUUUCACAUAGCUUUCAACAGCUCCAAUGUCAUCGCCUAGGCGACCGGGACGCUACUUGCUUGUAGUGCAGCAAAUAACGUAGAUUCACAAUACCAGGCCGCCCCUGUCUGCUGGAGACCUCCGGGGGGACUCAAAACUCUCAGGGCUACAGAGCAGAGUGAUUUAUCCUCUGUCAGACUCCCCCUCUGUGAAGAUGUCCCAGUCUUCUCCAGCUGAUGAAGGAACGACGUUUGAACAUCUCUGGAGCACACUGGAACCAGACAGCACCUAUUUUGAUCUCCCUCCAUCCAGUCAUUCAGGAAGCAGUGAGGUGUCUAAUCAAACCGAGGUCACAAUGGAUGUCUUCCAGAUGAGGAGUAUGAAUGAAUCAGUCAUGUCCCAGUUUAAUUUGCUGAACAGCAGCAUGGAUCAGAGCAUCGGCAGCAGAGCGGCUUCCACCAGCCCUUACAACUCUGAGCACCCCUCCAAUGUCCCAACGCAUUCUCCCUACUCGCAGCCCAGCUCUACCUUUGAUGCCAUGUCCCCAGCUCCUGUCAUCCCCUCCAACGCUGACUACCCUGGGCCCCACCACUUCGAGGUGACGUUCCAGCAAUCCAGCACAGCCAAGUCUGCCACUUGGACAUACUCACCGCUGCUGAAGAAGCUCUACUGUCAGAUCGCCAAGACAUGCCCCAUCCAGAUCAAACUGUCCACGCCGCCCCCGCCGGGCACCGUCAUCCGGGCCAUGCCCGUCUACAAGAAGGCAGAGCACGUGACCGAGGUGGUGAAGCGCUGCCCCAACCAUGAGCUGGGACGCGACUUUAAUGAUGGCCAGUCCGCUCCAGCCAGCCACUUGAUCCGGGUGGAAGGCAACAAUCUCUCUCAGUACGUGGACGACCCUGUCACCGGAAGGCAGAGUGUAAUGGUGCCAUAUGAGCCACCACAGGUUGGGACUGAGUUCACCACCAUUCUGUACAAUUUCAUGUGCAACAGCAGCUGCGUGGGAGGGAUGAACAGGCGACCCAUCCUCAUCAUUAUAACCCUGGAGACAAGAGAUGGCCAAGUACUGGGGAGAAGAUCGUUUGAAGGGCGGAUCUGCGCCUGUCCCGGCCGAGAUCGGAAAGCCGACGAAGAUCAUUACCGAGAGCAGCAAGCCCUGAACGAAAAUGCAGCUAAAAAUGGCAACAUCAACAAGCGCACUUUCAAACAGAGCCCCCCGGGGAUUCCAGCACUAGGGGCUGGCGUUAAGAAAAGGCGGCACGGGGAAGAGGAAAUGUAUUAUGUCCCAGUUCGUGGCCGGGAGAAUUUUGAGAUCCUCAUGAAGAUAAAGGAAAGUCUGGAGCUGGUGGAGUUAGUCCCGCAGCAGCUAGUCGACUCCUAUCGGCAACAGCAGCAGCAACUCCUGCAGAGGCAGAGUCACCUGCAGUCCCCUUCCUCCUACGGGCCCGUCCUUUCGCCAAUGAACAAAGUACACGGAGGAGGGAUCAACAAACUGCCAUCUGUCAACCAGCUGGUGGGGCAGCCACCGCAGCACAACUCCAGCUCCGGGCCCAACCUGGGCCCAAUGGGACCUGGAAUGUUGAACAGCCACCCCAUGCAAUCCAACGGAGACAUGAACGGAGGCCACUCCUCCCAGGCCAUGGUCUCAGGUUCACACUGCACUCCUCCUCCACCCUACAACCCUGACCCCAGCCUCGUCAGUUUUUUAACAGGCUUGGGGUGUCCAAACUGCAUCGACUAUUUCACCUCACAAGGGUUACAGAAUAUUUACCACCUGCAGAAUCUAACCAUAGAGGAUCUCGGAGCACUGAAGAUCCCAGAGCAGUACAGGAUGAUUAUCUGGAGAGGCCUUCAGGAACUCAAACAGAGCCAUGACUAUGGAGCCCAGCAGCUUAUCCGCUCCAGCAGUAAUGCCUCCACCAUUUCCAUUGGCAGUUCUGGGGAGCUGCAACGGCAGCGCGUCAUGGAGGCGGUGCAUUUCCGUGUGCGUCACACCAUCACUAUCCCUAACCGCAGCGGGGCUGAUGAGUGGGCGGACUUUGGCUUUGACCUGCCGGACUGCAAAUCCCGCAAACAGUCCAUAAAAGAAGAGUUCACAGAGGGAGAGAUCAACUGAAGGUCUCCAGCAGUGUGGCAGCAAGAGACCAGACACAGAGAUUUAAAGGAAUAGGGAAAAAUCUAGAAUCCCAGCAUGAAAAAUGGCAAAACACUUCCAACUUUGAGUGUCUGGAGAAAUAUUUUUUAACAUGGCUUUACUCAAGAGAUGGGAACUCAGAGCUGUGUGAGGACAUGGGUCUGGGACAUUCCCCAGGAGGAAAAUUCCAAUGGUUUUAUGAGAGUGGUCAAGGGGAGGAAAAAGGGCAGCUGACACAAAUCUCUCAAUGGGAUAUAGCGUUUUUUUAGCCUGGUGUGGCAGGGGAAUAUUCACUUGCCAAUGUACAGUGCAACUUUACAAUUUGCUGGACCAUUUUUGCAUCAAACUCUAUUGCAAUGUAAAAGCAAAACACACACAUUUGUCUUUGAUUAACUCUAGCCUGCCCCACGUUCCACCCUAUCCUUGCUCUGUCUGCUAAGGGAUGGCUGAAUAAUAAAGACCUGUGUCUUGUGAAAAAGUGGUUUAACUCUCAACUGUUCCACUUUCUUUAGGGAUAUCUGCCAUUGACUGAUACCCAAGAACAAAAGGACUUGCUUUUCUGAUGGACUGCCAAAAAGUAUUUGUUUCUUUUGUUUUUUUGUAGAGCAUUUGCUGAUUCCAGACUGUGUGCAUGUAUCUAAAUGAUAUUUGUGUAUAGAGACACAUGCUGUAUGUACAAUAUAUUCACCGUGCUGUAAGGAUAGAGAGAUUUAUUUUCAUGUACCUGUAUGCUAUAAAAAUAUUGAUAAUUUCCCCUAA